CCGAAAGACAACGAAGGAACAGAACGCAAACGAAACCGCGAAGGUGACCAAACGAGACUUUUCAGUAACGAUAACGUUCGCCGGCAGCGUAUUGAAAAGAUGUACUAUUUUCUAUUUGUGCUCGUCUUUUUCAACGCGAUAUUCGCGGCCAAAAGUAUUGAAAAUCGUGAAAGUGAUGGUGAAACCGUUACGAAAAUCUCGAGGGUUUUAGAUAUUUUCGAUUACAAUUAUUUGGGCAUAAAAUUUAACGAGUUUCAAAACGUUUUGAGUAAAAAUUGUUCGCGGGACGUUGAAACUUACAUUCGGGGAUUGAAAAAUAACGAAGAAUGGGCAUUGAAAAUGGAAGAUGCAAGUGGUCGUUAUACAACGGGCUGGUUUUGGGGCAAUCGCUUUUGGUUGGGUUCACAAAAUUUAUGCGAAAACAUUGCACCGAAAAAUAUUAAACAUAAAAUCGAAGCAGAACAAAAUUUAACAAGAACAGUUCGAGAUAUCUCCGAGAAACCAUCUCCAAGUCAAUCUAUUGGUUACGAAACGGGAAUUUUAACAUAUUCUUCCAUUCCACCAUAUGAUGUAUCAUUUUUUGUGUUGAAAUUAGAAUUAAAUUCAUCUUUAGCUGAUGAUGUGAGAAUUGUACAAAUGGGAUUAUGUUUACCACUUUCUUGUACCAACGAAGAGGUUAAGAUUUUAGCAGAAUCCACAGCAAAAUCGAGCGAAACAAGCGUUGAAAUUAAAACCGUUAAAUCAGUACAUGAUGAGUUCGAUAUUUAUGGAGAUUUAACGUUUAAAAUUUUAUUUUUCGUUUCUAUUGGUGUAACAAUAUUUUUAAUCCUCGGAACGAUUUACGAUUACGUUUUGGUUUUCCAAGAGAAAAAGGAUCAAAAAUCAAUUAAAACUUUUACCCCAAAUAAAUUGAGUGUUAUUAAAUUACAAAAUGAAAACGGUGGUAAAGAUUUCGACAUGGAACAAAAUAACAAUGCUUUGGAGGCUAAAACGGAAAUUGUUAUGGAACCGAAACCGCAUCCUAAGGAUUGUUUAACAAUUACCGUCAUCAAACAAAUAAUCCUUUCGUUUUCGCUUCGCCGCAACAUAAACACAAUUUGCGAUCGAUCGGUUGGAACGGACACAAUUUCCACGAUCCACGGCUUAAAAGCGAUUAGUAUGGUUUGGGUAAUUUUGGGUCACACCUGCAUAAUCGGUUUUAAAUACUCGGACAACAUGGAAUACCGCAAAGUCGUACAAAAAGAAUUUUUCUUCCAAACGAUAACGAACGGCGCAUUUAGCGUCGACACAUUUUUCUUCACCAGCGGCCUUUUAGUAUCAUUUUUGUAUUUCCGCACCAAUGCCAAAGGAAAAUUAGACGCACUUGGUCGUAAAGGUUUCGUUUCUGGGUGCAUGCACUUUUUAGGAUUGGUUGCGUACCGAUUCGCGAGAUUAACGGCCCCUUACAUGUUCUCUUUGGGGUUGGUGGAAGUUUCGAUGAAAUGGUUCCAACAAAAUUCCGUUUUUGAACCGCCAACUAUGGAUCACGUUAAUUGCCCGAAAUAUUGGUGGAGGAAUAUGUUGUUUAUUAACACUUUAUUUCCGGAUAGUGAAAUGUGCAUGUUAUGGAGUUGGUAUUUAAGCGAUGACACUCAAUUUUACGUUUUGGGGGCAAUCUUUUUGAUUGUUGCAGCAAGUUAUUUUAAAACGGCCGUUAUAAGCAUGGUGGUUUUCUUAUUAAGUUCUUGGAUUACUACGGCAUAUAUUUCCUAUGAUAAUGAGCAUUCCCCAUCUACGAACGAUCCUUUAGCUUUGUUUGAUAAAAUUUAUGAUAAACCUUGGACCAGAUUGGGACCUUAUUUAAUCGGGAUGUGUUCUGGGUGGUUACUAUUCAAAACAAAUUGUCGCAUAAGAAUAUCUUUACUUGGAAACCUCGUUGGGUGGUUGGCAUCAGCCGCUUGUCUUUUAUCGUUAGUUUAUGGUUUAUACGAAGUUGAUUUAUCUCCUUUAGCCGGUGCUGCUUAUAGCAGCUUAAGUCACUCAGCGUGGGCUUUGGGAUUAGCUUGGAUUAUCGUAGCUUGCGCAACAGGAAAUGGUGGAUUUAUAAAUUCGAUUUUAUCAGCAACCAUUUUAUACCCCGUUAGCAGAAUAACUUAUUGCGCUUACCUCUUACAUCCACUAGUAAUGAGAGUGAUGGUAAUGCACAUGGACAGCCCGUUGCAUCUAGGAAAGCCAUUAAUGAUCGCGGUUUUCAUCGGUCAAGUAGUCAUGUCGUACGUUUUUGGCUUUGUUAUUUCCUUAAUGUUCGAAGCCCCGGUUGUCUCUAUGUUAAAAAUCAUCCAAACGUUACCAAUUAGCAAACCGAAAAGGAUAAACCCAUAAUAUGAGUCAUAAAAACUUUUUAUGAUUCCGUUCAAUCUCUAUUUUUGAGUAGAUUUAGUACCAUUAAUAAUUGAUUAUAGAUAUAAGUUUUAUUGAAAAGUGAUAUAUUUUUUAUAUGUUUUUAUAAGCCCCCAAAGAAAAAAGAUUAACGAAAAAAAAUACAUGUAUAUAUCUAGUAAGGAUUCGAAGCAAUUUUAGAUUUUAAUUUAUUUUUAAUCUUUAUACUUAGAUUGUAUUUAGAAUUAAUCUUAACUUGUGUAGAAUAUUGUUUAUUAAAUAAAUUUUGAUGAAUCUAACCUUCAAAAAA